AUGGCUGGUACCUCUAGAAGAGGAGAAAGUGAUGGAGGCCUUGCUUUCACAUCUCCAGGGGUACAACCAAUGAAGUUUUUCUCUCUCCUGGCUCGAGGUGGCAGAUUUUGGGACACCUGCUGGCUGUAUGAGAGAAUACACACACAUAUUCUCUCCCACACAGGACUGAAGUGUGGAAUUCAUGCAGUUGACUUGAAAAGUAAGGAAACUGCCUUGGAAUCUGGGUUCUUCUCUAGAACUACUAGUUGGAGAAAUUCAGCAGUUGGUGGACAUCUCUGGCAGGUCUCCCUAAAAUUAAGUAAGCAUCAUUUCUGUGGAGGAAGCUUGAUUCAAGAUGAUCUAGUGAUUACAGCAGCACACUGCCUGGUUAGCCUCAAUGAGAUGCAAAUUAAGAACCUGACUGUGACUACUGAAGAGUAUGGCCUCUUUCAGAAGAAUAAGCAAGAACAGAAUAUUCCUGCUUCAAAUAUUGUUAGUCAUCUUGAGUAUAACAGAUUUGGAUAUAUGAAUUCUGAUAUCACACUACUGUAUCUAAAACACAGAGUCAAGUUUGAUAAUUCUGUUCAAUCAAUCUGCCUUCCUGGUAGCGAUGAUAAAUUUGAAGUAGAGUUUACAACAUCAGAAUAUUCAAGUGUCCUACAAGAAGUGGAACUUCCCAUCCUGGAUGACAGAAUAUUUAAUCCUGGGCUCAAGGAUAUGAACCCUCCUCCUCUGGGAGGGACCAUGGUGUGUGCUGUAUUCCCUGAUGGGGGAAAGGAUGCCCGCCAGGGGGACUUUGGAGGACCCCUUGUUUGUAGAAGAGAUGAUGGAACGGGGACUGUUGCUGGGAUUACUUCCUGGGGAACUGGUUUUGCUAGAGGCGAGGAUCCUUUAAGAAAUAACCAAAGAAGGGCAUCAACUGGCCUUUUCUCUAAGGUGUUUGAGUCAGUGGAUUUUAUCACCCAAAACAUGAUCACAGGUUAUGUGUUUGGAGUGGGACCAACUCCACCAGAUAUGAAUCCAAGAUGUGUAACUAAGGAUCUGAUUUCUGUCCAAAAUGUGGAUGGAAGCCACAGAGAAGAGGUUAUGAACCAAGGCGCAGAUAUUAAAUGUUAUUUUUCACACUUGACUCUGACAUUUAUUAUAAAUAUUUUCUCCACCCUUCCCUAUCCCAGUUUAUGCAUCUGGAAAAUAAUGGUAUCAGAAGAUAAAAUUAUCCUGAUAAAAUUUACAAGUUUAGAAGAAAAUCAAGUUAGAUGUGAUCAUGACUACGUAUCUUUGCAAUCAAGUAAAGGAAUACUUAUCAGUAAAGUCUGUGGAGAUAUGUUGCCCCCACCUUUGCUGACAGACACAAAUGAGAUUGCAGUUACACUGGUUUCUGAUACAGAAAGUGGUGGCAGUGCCUUUGAGCUUACCUUUACUGCGAAGAACUCAGAAGCAGAUUCAGGUUGUGGGAGAGUGGCUGUACUGGUAGAAGAAGGGAUAAUUCACUCUGCCAGUUAUCCUGACUUGUAUCCCAGAAAUGUAACAUGUCAUUGGUUCAUUCAUGCUCCAGAGAAACACAUUAUAAAGUUGGCAUUUGAGGAGUUUACUAUUGGAUUUAAUCAAAACUCUACACAUGAUGCCGUUGUGAUUUAUGGUGAUCCAGAAGAGGAGCAUGAGUUAGCUAAACUUUGUGGAGUCUUGAACCCCACCCCAAUAUGCAGUCCUAGUAACAUGACGGUGAUACGUUUUAAAAGUGAUGGUGAAAAUGACUUCCAAGGCUUUAGGCAGAGAUUCACCUUUUUGCCCUCGGACUCUUUAAACAAAAUUGGAUUGACAUUGCCUCCCAAAACUAAUUCUGUAGCUUCUGGAAAAGCUUUUCCACCUGACAUCUGUGGUAGCCCUCCAUUUAGCCCCCAUUGGCAUUCCAGAAGAAUUGCAGAAAGGGAAGAAGGCUGCCCUCACUGUUGGCCAUGACAGGUGGGUUUGAGGUUCCUAGGAGAUCACCAGUGUGGAGGUGUCAUCAUCAACUCAGUUUGAACUCUGUUGGCAGCUCACAUCUACCAGCUGAAAAAUAUCCUACUCUACUGGACUAUCGUUAGUAGGGACCACGACAGGACCCUGAAAGAAUCAACUGAGCAGGUGAGAAGGGCAAAACUCAUUGUAAUGCAUGAAGAUUUCAAAAUGCUGAGCUUUGACUCUGACAUUGCCCUAAUACAGCUGAGUUCUCCUCUGGAAUACAACUCAGUAGUGAGGCCAAUAUGCCUACCACAGAGCACAGAGCCUCUGCUUUCCUCAGAAAUCUGGGCUGUGACUGGGUGGGGAAGCAUUAGCGAAGGUGGUGGCCCAGCAAGUGGCUUACAGCAGAUGCAAGUGCCUGUGUUAGAAAGAGAGGUCUGCGAAAGAACUUAUUAUCCUGCUCACCCAGGAGGUGCCCCAGAAAAGAUAAUCUGUGCAGGCUUUGCAGCAUCUGGAGGGAAUGAUUUCUGCCAGGGAGACUCUGGUGGGCCAUUAGUAUGUAGGCAUGAGAAAGGUCCCUUUGUCCUCUGUGGCAUCAUCAGCUGGGGCACCAGCUGUGCUCAGUGAAGGAAGCCAGCUGUAUUUGCCAGAGUGAGGGUCUUCUUGGACUGGAUCCAAUCCAGAAACAAAGGCCCCAUUUCACUUCAGAUAAAUAAUAAAAGCAAAACCUUAACAAAACAACAAUUGCCACCACCUGUACCUUCAACAGACAACUCAUCUGGGUCAGCCUAUUACUCUGAAGUAGAGCAGGAAGAGCCCAGAGGCUUUUUGUCAACUCCAAGAUAACCACUGUAUUGUAGAGGAAAACUGGAAUGUUCUUGGGUGCUCACAGUUUCACCAAGCAGUAUGGCAAAAUUUGUAGUUGGGUAUCUGUCACUCUCUGAGUAUUGUAUAUGUUGAGACUCAGUUCUAACUAUUUAUGAAGAAAACCAAAGUGAGAGAAGAAUGUCAGGUAAUCCUUACUAG